CUGUUGUUCUCCAAACUCCAAAGAAGAACAGGAAGAAGCAGAAGAAGAAGAGAACUACAACUGCCCGAGGGCGGGCGUUUUCGGACAGAACUCACUUUUAUUUUCUUUUCAGUAUGGCGCUGUACGGGAGAAAGAUACUUGCUGCUGGACGCUGUGUAGUCAGCUUCUGGAGCACUGCCAUCAGAACACGUCAGAUCCUUAUCAGGCUGCCGUCAGUAAUCAGGAGGAACUGGAUUUCAGUCGGCAUCUCUAGCGGCCUGUGCGCUGUCCCCUUUGUACAGGACCGUGUAUCCCAUGAAGCCUUAAUCCGUAGAGCCUCAUCUCUGGUGACCGACAGUGCGAAUACUUUUCUGUCUCAAACCACACUGGCACUAGUGGACUCGCUCACACAAUACACUAAGGCAGUACAUACCCUUAUAAGUCUGCACAGGCGCUAUGUGGUGAAUAUCAACAGACUAAAUCCUGCCGACGAGAGCGCAAUAUGGCAGGUGAUACUUAACCAGCGUGAAGAGCUCCUCAGAUAUAGGGAGGACUGCAAACAAUUUGAAACAAAAUGGAUGAACGCAGUUAAUUUGACACAGCUGGCAGCUGAAGCAGCUUUUAACGCAGGAGCUGACCAGGCUUCAGUCACAGCGCAGACUAACCUGCAGCUAGCACAGACUCAUGUAGAGCAGGCUCGACAGCGCUCCCUUGAGGCAGAACAGGAACUAAAAGACAGCAAAGCGGAAGUCAGCCAAAGGCUCCAGAACACUUCACCUGCGGUGGAAGGAAACGAGGAAGAAAUUCCAGAGGCUUACCUGAGAGAGGACUAGCGACGUGUAGCAUUUUAUAAAGACACAUGCAUCUCCACCACUCCGAUCUUAAGAGCUGCUUCUGUGUCUGCAACGGAGAUGUUUUUGCACAAUGUGUUGUAUUUUUAUUUGUUAGUUUUUACAAUAGUUGUUAGCAGAAAAGCAUCUCGGUGCACAGUUUUACUCAGGUUUACAACAGGGUUCCAAAUAAUUUGGUUGGCGAGUGUAUCUCAAAAGAAAAGCAUGAGUUGUAUUACUUUUAACAAUAAUAAAACAGAUCUUGGAUCUGGUGGUCAUACCUUA